GCAUUUCCUGACAUCCGGGUCUCACAGGGACUGGGGUCCUGGGAUGAGGGGCGGGGCCACGGGUGGGCAGAGGGGAGACGACAUGCCGCCUGAGUGACGACGCUGAGGGAGAACUGAGGGGACCCGGGACCCAGAAGAUAGGCCACCCCACAGAAAGGCGCCCUUGCUAUCAGCUGUCCGGAGGCCCGAGGGGAGGACAGGCCCACGAGGGGCUCCAGACACCGGGAGGUGAAGGCCUAGGUCUGAGACACGUGUCCUCGGGUCACAGAGCACAGGAGGCCGGCAGUGCCGGGUUCACAGACGACCGUCCACCAGGAGGAGAGCCCCUGUGAGGCCGAGGGCACCCCUGAAGAGGAGACCUGCCCUUGGGUCUCCAUUUGUCACCCCUUCCCUCGCUCCUCUCGGCUGCCCGACACCACUCAUCGUGCCCCCCGUUGAGAUGAGUGAGCUCCGCAAGGCUGCGGAAGACCUUCAGGACCCCAGAGACUCGCGGGGCCUCAUGGAUGUUCAGCAGAUGGAGGCUGAGCAGGAGGGGGGCGCAUCCCCCUGGUCCUCCUCCUCCUCAGUCUCCUCUUCCUACUCUGCCUGUGCCGUGUCCCUGCUCCAUGAUGCACAGCCUUCGAUGGUGACUGACCUGGUGGGCUUCCUGCUCCUCAAGUAUCACAGGAAGCAGCCGACCACCAGGGCAGAAAUGCUGAGUAUCUUCCUCAGAGAAUACCAGCACCAUUUCCCUGCGGUCUUCAGCCAGGCCUCUGAGUACAUGCAGCUGGUCUUUGGGGUGGAUGUGAAGGAGGUGGAUCCCGGGGGCCACUGGUAUGUCCUGGUCCCCACCCUGGGCCUCACCUGUGAUGGGAUGCUGGGCGAUGGGCAGAGCAUGCCCAAGAACGGCCUCCUGGUGAUGCUCCUUUGCAUGAUCCACCUGGAGGGAGAGCGCCUCCCUGAGGAGGAGGUGUGGGGAGCACUGAGCAAGCUGGGGCUGCGUGCUGGGAGGGAGCACUUCAUCUACGGGGAGCCCAGGGAGCUCAUCACCAAAGCGUGGGUGCAGGAGGGGUACCUGGAGUACCGGCAGGUGGCCGACAGCGAUCCCGCUCGCUUCGAGUUCCUGUGGGGCCCCCGGGCCCACGCGGAGAUCAGCAAGUUGCAAGUCCUGGAGCAUGUACACAGGGCCAGUAGACGGGGUCCCAGUUCCUUCCCAUCCCUGUCAGAUGAGGCUGCUAGCGAUGAGGAAGAGGAGGCCUGAGCCAGACUUGCAGCCGUGCUCCUCCAGGCCCCUGUCCACCAGCAGCUUCUCCUGCCGGGCAGGAAGGGAGUCCAUCCCUCACUCUGUGUUUGCAGAGCGAGCGGUCAGCCUUGGAAGGAGUGAGGGCCCGGGCCAGCUCGGGGGGCACGGCGUACAGCAUCU